AAUCAACGAUGAACAUUAUUCCAAACGGUCCUGGUUUAUUGCCAAAAUGGAUGUUAUUCGUUUCUGCCCUCGCAAUUUUCAAUAGUAUACAGAACUGCUUGACAACUUCACUCACAGCUAGAAUCUACAACCAUAAGCCACAGCUUGUCAAUCCACUCCAAGCACGGACGUUUGGUGUAUGGACAUUCACUUCUGCGAUUGUAAGAUUCUAUGCAGCACACAACAUCAACAACAAAGUCGUUUACGAUAUCGCUAUUUGGACAUACGCAAUCGUGAUAGCCCACUAUAUAUCAGAAUUGCUCUACUAUAGGACAUCAAAGCUUAGCGCCGGUAUAAUUAGCCCUCUGAUAGUUGGAACCGCUUCUUUCGUUUGGAUGAUCACACAGUACGACUUUUAUGUUAAAUCUUAAUUUAUGAUUCUU